AUGAUUCCUGGCCAGCUGGGUUGGUUCAUGUGUGAAGCAUGUUUCGUGGGAUACCAGCGGAAGAUUUCAUCGUCUGUCCAACCUUCAGAUUGUACCCAUUAUUACUCUCAUGGUGUCCAAAAGUGUUCCAGAUCAAUCUCCAUAUCCUCUGAAUCCUCAGUCUCCUCCAAUAGCGACAGUAGCUCUCCAAGUUCUUCCGAAGGUUCUCAUACUCCUCCCCCAAGAAAGCAAGUCAAAAAACAUGCCCACUCAAGCAGCAGUAAGAUGGCUUCAAAAUCAAAGACAGCCAAGAAAUCUAAGGAAGGCAAGGAAGAUCCCCAUGAGGAGUACCUGGUGGCUGCACGUGGAAUCGCACGCUGUGUUGACUGUUUUUGCAAGGUCGACAAGCUCAUCAAGAUUGGAUGUCUACUUCAACAAGAGGAAGCCGCAGCGAAGGGAGAGCUUGAUGAAUCCAAGGCCGAGAAACAGACCCGCAAGAAGAGACUGUCUGCCAUCAUGUGGACACUCAUUAACAAUCACACCGAAGCCAGGGAGCUGACUAAAGUCACCCAGAAGGUGAAUACAGUUAUCAGUGCGACACGAUCAGAUGAUGCGGCUUGUUUGAAGUCACAGAUUGGACACUAUGCGGCACCAAUUCCGUCAGAUGGUGGUUUAAAACCUGCUAUCUACAACGGUAAUCCCUCCAGAUCACAUUUGGGUGUGAAUCACCCUGUUUUAGCGUCCUUUCUUUUUCCUGUUUCGCAUCUUGCAAAAUUUAACAGAGACCCAGCUAAUGUGUUCUCACUGAGAUUCGCAUUCCUCAGGGGCCAGAAGAAACUUGCCAGUGGAGGAAUUUGCAUGACUGCAAAUGACUUCCCCGCAUUCCUUUGGUCUGGGAAACCCCCUGGAUGUGACUACGACGAUGACACUAUGAUAGACAGCCUCCUCCAGGGCUAUCUCAUCGAACGUCUAGGUCAAGACUCAUGGGUGACACAAACUUGUAAUGCUGCACUACACGACAUGACAACUGUCGAAGCAGAGCAUAUUGCUUAUGCGGCAUGUUUUGGAAUCGGCAUGCAGAAUAAAUGGUUGGACAUCGACAGCAACUUCAAAUACCUGGAGUUUUACCACAACAUAAUCAACUUCAUUUGUGACUGUGAAGAUACAGAUUGGGUGGGGGUACUAAAGAAGUGGUGGAACAUGACACUCUUCAAGAACAAGGCCGGCCAAGAAGAGGAGCAAUGUGUUCCAAGAGCUGCCAGGGGAACAUUGUACAGGAGGAGCUCUGUGGUCCCCCCAAUCUCUACCUGGAAAGGAGAGAUGAAGGCUUAUCUUCGCACCAAGGGACUCUGGCUGCUUGUCUCUGGCAAGGAGACUCGCCCUCCAGCCACUCUGGCGGAGGAGCAAGCCAAGUGGGAUCAGAAGCAGGACAAGGCUGCAGGAGAACUGUUUCUACACUGUUCUGCAGACCAGAGGCUGCACUUUGAGGAUGUUCAGGACAACCCUGUCAAGAUCUGGACCACCCUCGAGUCUACCCACAUCCAGCAGCUUCCCGCUAUGCAUUUCAAUGCCUGGGACGACUUCUUCACCAUCAGGAAGCUGGGUCCAAUGCCUCGCCCACUUCCUCCUCCAGUGUCACUGCAGCUGCAAACAUGUCCUCCACUGUCCAGAAUGUGA